AUGGACGACAUGCUGCUGCUGGCGAGAUGUCUGCUGCUGGUCCUCGCCUCCUCGCUGCUACUGUGCCCGGGGCUGGCGUGCGGGCCCGGCAGGGGCUUUGGAAAGAGGCGGCACCCCAAAAAGCUGACCCCUUUAGCCUACAAGCAGUUCAUCCCCAACGUAGCCGAGAAGACCCUGGGGGCCAGCGGCAGAUACGAAGGGAAGAUCUCCAGAAACUCCGAACGAUUUAAGGAACUCACCCCCAAUUAUAACCCCGACAUCAUAUUUAAGGAUGAGGAAAACACGGGAGCCGACCGGCUGAUGACUCAGAGGUGCAAGGACAAGUUAAACGCCUUAGCCAUCUCAGUGAUGAACCAGUGGCCAGGAGUGAAACUACGGGUGACUGAAGGCUGGGAUGAGGAUGGCCACCACUCAGAAGAGUCUCUGCACUAUGAGGGCCGAGCAGUGGACAUCACCACGUCUGACCGUGACCGCAGCAAGUACGGCAUGCUGGCCCGCCUGGCCGUGGAGGCCGGCUUUGACUGGGUCUACUAUGAAUCCAAAGCGCAUAUCCACUGCUCGGUGAAAGCAGAGAACUCCGUGGCGGCCAAAUCCGGAGGCUGCUUCCCAGGCUCGGCCACGGUGCACCUGGAGCAGGGUGGCACCAAGCUCGUGAAGGAUCUGCGCCCCGGGGACCGCGUGCUGGCGGCCGACGACCAGGGCCGGCUGCUCUACAGCGACUUCCUCACCUUCCUGGACCGCGACGACCGCGCCAAGAAGGUCUUCUACGUGGUGGAGACCCGGGAGCCGCGGGAGCGCCUCCUGCUCACGGCCGCGCACCUGCUCUUCGUGGCGCCGCCGCCGCCGCCGCUGCCGCCGCUCAACGCGUCCGCGGCCGGGUCCGGGCCCGGGUCCGAGCCUGCCGGCGCGCCGUGGGCCGCCGCGGGGCCCCCGCCCGGGGCGCUCUUCGCCAGCCGCGUGCGCCCGGGCCAGCGCGUGUACGUGGUGGCCGAGCGCGACGGGGACCGCCGGCUGCUGCCCGCCGCGGUGCACAGCGUGACGCUGCGCGAGGAGGUGGCGGGCGCGUACGCGCCGCUCACGGCGCAGGGCACCAUUCUCAUCAACCGGGUGCUGGCCUCGUGCUACGCCGUCAUCGAGGAGCACGGCCUGGCGCACCGGGCCUUCGCGCCCUUCCGCCUGGCGCACGCGCUGCUGGCCGCGCUGGCCCCUCCGGCGCCCACGGACCGCGGCGGCCACGGCCACGGCCCCGCGUCCGAGCCCGCGGCCGCCUCGGGCAUCCACUGGUACUCGCAGCUGCUCUACCACCUGGGCACCUGGCUGCUGGACAGCGAGGCCCUGCACCCCCUGGGCAUGGCGGUCACGGCCAGCUGAAGUCCACGGGGCGCGGGGGAGCGGGAAGUUACUGCGAGAGAGAAAGAGAGAGAGACACGCGGAAGAAGCGCACACAUGGAAGGAGACUCUUAAUUAUAAUAAUAAUUAAUAAUAAGUAGGACAGUCCAAAGUAGACUAUAAGGAAGACCCCGGGGAGUUCUGUUGUUGUGUUUAGUUUAUACAUACAUACAUAUAUAUAUAUAUUUUGAAUUUUUUCGUUAUUGUUUUAUUUUGGUUAUUUUCUCCUCUCCUGGCUAUUUAUUUGUUUGGUAUGAAUAGAUGUUUAAAUAAUAUGAACUGGACCUUCAAGAGCCUUAACUAGUUUGUGUCUUGGAUAAUUUAUUAUUAUCAUGUGAACUGGACUCACGGGGGGGGGGAAGAUUAUUGUGUGAGGCCAAGCGCCCUGCUCAAAGUCUAUUUUUCUAUGUGUCCUGAGCGAGAGAAAGCCACCUCGGUACUAUGCGUCCUCGGCUGCUAUUGUCCCGCUUCUGCAGCACGUGUAAACAAAGACAUGCUUCAUGGGGGUCCACAAAUUAUAUUUUUAUACACAGAAUUGUAAAUUAGAUUUUUGAGAGAUCAAUACUUAACUGAAUGACAUUUCAUUUUUUGAAAUAGUGUAAAAUAUGAAAAUAUAUUAUUUUAAUUUAAAUAGUUUCCAACGUAACAGCUGUCUUCUGUACUGUCUUCAUGGUUUGAUACUUCCUUUCUAAUCAUCAUUUUUGUCACGUCCUCGGAAGCCAAGACUGUUACACACACAUGCACGCACACACACACAUACACACAACUUUUUUUUUGGACAACUGGAAGAACUCUUGUUAUUUUUAACUUCAAAGAAUUUAUUAGAAAAUGAUAUUUUUUAAAAGCGCACAUAGUGAUGAGCCCACGAAGAUGGAGCCUGUAGUUUGUACAGAGAAAAACAAAGGAUGUUUUUGCAUUAAUAAAUCGAGAAAUAACUGCU